AUGUCUCACAGUAUGGAUGCCACCAUGAACACAGCCAAUAGCUCAAGAUUUCAAGUAUCUGAGUUCAUCCUGUUGGGAUUCCCCGGCAUUCAUGAAUGGCAACACUGGCUCUCCCUGCCACUGGUCCUGCUCUACCUCUUAGCUGUAGGUGCCAAUGUCCUCAUCUUGAUCACUAUCCACAAAGAGCCUGCCCUGCACCAGCCCAUGUAUCAAUUCCUUCGUGUCUUGGCUGUAGUGGACAUUGGCCUGACCACCACCAUCAUGCCCAAGAUCCUGGCCAUCUUCUGGUUAGAUGCCAAGUCCAUCAGCCUCCCUGAAUGCUUCACUCAGAUUUAUGCCAUCCACAUUUUUGUAUUCCUGGAGUCAGGAAUCUUCCUCUGCAUGGCUGUGGAUAGAUAUGUAGCCAUUUGUUAUCCUCUUCAAUACCCUUCCAUUGUGACUGACACUUUUGUAGUCAAAGCUACACUAUUCAUGGUGCUCAGGAAUGGUCUGUUGACCAUCCCAGUGCCUGUACUGGCUGCCCAGAGACACUACUGCUCGAGGAACGAGAUUGAGCACUGCCUGUGCUCUAACUUGGGAGUCACCAGUUUGGCCUGUGAUGACAUAACCAUUAAUAGGUUCUACCAAUUAGCCUUGGCAUGGAUUGUGGUAGGGAGUGACAUGUGUCUGGUCUUUGUUUCCUAUACUUUGAUUCUUCGCUCAGUCCUGAGACUGAACUCUGCUGAAGCAACAUCAAAGGCCCUCAGUACCUGCAGUUCCCACCUCAUCCUCAUCCUCUUUUUCUAUACAGCCAUUGUUGUAGUAACUGUCACCCACCUGGCAGGGAGAAGGGUUCCACUCAUUCCUGUUCUCCUCAAUGUGCUACACAAUGUCAUGCCUCCAGCCCUUAACCCCAUGGUCUAUGCCCUUAGGACCCAGGAACUCAGAGCCGGCUUCCGGAAAGUGCUUGGAUUGGGUAUUGAUGCGUCCAGGAAGUAA